UCUCAAUUUAGAAGAAGCUACUGACGAAGACAUUCAUGAUAUUGCGCCGAUUGCAGACUUUUAAAGCACCGAAAAUACGUUUAAUGCAGGAAAAAAUUCCGUUUUGCAAGACGUAGUAACUGGGUCAGAGUCACAGAAUUUUUAUGGUUGGGUUGUUGUCCCCGAACGACACUUGGGUACAGACUUUAACACGAUGCUUCCGUCAAAUGCUAACUACUUCGAGCGGGAAUCAGUAGACAUUUUGGCCAAUUAAAUGUUUCCUACUGGCUUAGUUCAGCAGAAUGGCAGUACCAAAAAAGCGGAGCUAAAAAUAGUUUCGCCGUCGCCAACUGACGGCUAUAUACAAUGUACCAGCUGACAGAGAUACACCUUAUGUGUUGAUGACGAGCUGCAUCACGCCUAUGUUUGAUAAGUUCCAACAUUUUGGAACCAAAUGGCCUACGUGCUAGAGAUUCGUGCGGCACGAACGGAAAUGCAGACAUUCGAUAGAAAUUACCUGACCCCUUGUUACCGGGUUUGAAUUAAGGAGGGAUGACCAUACAAAGCCAGAAUGACUUUCUUCGGCGGUACCUAAUAUAUUAAGUGUCUAUAACAAAAAAGGCAUUGGCCGCUGCCUUUAGGCUAAAGUUAUUUGGUUAGUGAACCGAACACCUAACCGUGGCUAAACAGAUUUUACGAGAUUCCUUAUAGUAUUCCACAAAUGUUAAGCAGAGGUUUCGAGAAGAAGAGUACACUAAGAAGAAGAAAUUUGAAGAAAAAAAAACGGAUACGACUAACAAAUUUCGUUUCAAGGAUUUGUCUUGCACAAAAUUCUUACGCUACACGUUUGUGUAUAGCUACGGUGCCUAUGAAAGGCAAAGCAAGAUCUGAAUUGUCUCCAUUGCUAUCGAACUGCUGGAGAGUAAGGUGUUUUUCGAAUAAAUUGCAUUCUUGUGUCAUUAGCUGUCUGCUACCCGCUACAAUAUAUACAACUAUUUAGAACACGUUUUUUUUAAGGAAGAUUGAAAAUUUUAUGUGGUUUUUUUCUACGACAUCGAGGCAAAAGGGUCGGCAUUAACAUCGCCUUAAGAGAUAAUGAAACGUAAUACAAUUAAGUGAAAAAAAACGUUUGAGCACCCAAAAUAUUCUUUUAACAACUCUUUUAUUAUACCGUUACAAGUAAAACUGUAACGUAUAUUGAUUAUUACAGAUGUUUAACGUCCAUUGUGUGGUUCGUAGCAUCGUUAUAUAGAUUUAACUGAAAUUAAUUUGUGACAAAUGAAAUUAUGAGAAAAUCAUCGAAGCACUCACAACGAGGAUCCUUCACAGUUAACCCUUUAAGCAACAAGCUAAGAAAUUGCAAGCUAUUCGAAGCUGAACGUUACCAUUAUUUGGAAUCAUCAAAUAAAAAGAUGCCAAAUAAAAUCAACAUCCCUGUUCCACUGUUAGAGAAUCGUAUUAAAUCAAUCAUCUAUAAAAUAAAAUAGCGCCCGCAGAGAACGUCCACGUCAGCCUAUAGAGUGACGUAUCACAUUGUGUACAUGUUGAGUCGCUCGAAAUUGUUAUCGGUCUGGGCAUGUGCCUGACUGACUUGAUCGAUGAGCUAUUGUAUUUGCAGCAGGACAUCUUCAGCUUCGGCUACGACCAGAACGCAACCCUGCUUUCUCCCUAUAUUAUCAAAGAUCUAUGAGUAAUGUCGUGUUGGAGCGAUGGUUUAUCUUGCAAAAAUGUACGUACUGCGCUAGGAUUGACAAGCAUCGAGAGGACAUACGAUCGAUUAUUUCGUAGACGUUUUGCUUAAUAAAGCGUGGCAGACUGCUCUAUGAUUUUUCUACGUACAAAGAAUAAUAAUAGUUUACCAAUCGGAAUUAUUUCUUGUGGGAUCAUCAGAAACUUCAGCUGAAACACGUACUGUGAAAAUCUACACGUUUUUUUCAAGCUUUACUAAACGAUGUUUUGGUUUAUUAAAGGCAUUGUGGCAGUAUGUUUCUGUCAUCUAGUUAAUUCACUUUUCUUGAAUAAAAUUGAUGAACGCAAGACAGCUGAGCGAGCCACAGAAUGUGACGAGAAGUCCAUGAUCUUUGAUAAGGACCUCACGAUUGCAGCCGAAUAUGCGGCAUACGUAGCAUUUAGGCAAUUCAAACUCGAUCGGAAAGACGUAUUACUUCGAGUAAUCGGGGGUCUCGUGAUGAAUUGCCAAUACCUCAAAUACAGAAUAUUCGCGGAUUUCAUGCCCUCGAACUGCACAAAAAACGAAACCCAUUUUUACAGCCUUGACGAAUGCGUGGCAAUGCCAGGAGCGCCAAUCAGAUCCUGCAAAAUUGACAUGUUCGUGCAAAGGCAUGGUCCAAGCCGUCUUGUUACAUACGACUGUCAUGAGGAACAGCCGCAUCCCGAAUGGAAAUCGAAAGAGUUUAAUGACUAUCGCAGGGACACGGAUGAGUGGCUAGCAAAACACUGUGUUAUUAAGUGCCACGAUAAUCAACGUCUUCAGACUACCUCACAACCUCAUUAUCUUUACGAGGACCACCCUGCUUUCACUGCUUCAACCGGCUACUCGUUUUCGCGCCUAUUACGCUCUGCGGUUCCGCGUUCGAUACAAUAUCAGCUAGCGUAAGAACACGACGCUGAUCAAGGUCUCGUACUACCGCAAGCGCUACGCCACACUUAAGACCAAGCUUGAGCAUUACGCUCUAAUGCCAUACGAGUAGCUGUGCUCGCUUUGGCCUCGGCUGAAUACCUGUGAGAGAACUAUGCAGCGGGCAAUGGUGUGCUACUUCGUCUCAGAUUUUGCCUAAGUUACAUAUUUACUCCAAACUUGCUGCCAUCGCUGAACUCUUGCAAAGCGUUCUUCCAUGGGGUAAUGCAUACAUUUGGAACCUCAGUGGCUAAGGACUGCCCUAAAAAUUGACGACACGCUCGCGUUAUUGUUGAUCCUGACCAGCGACCGCCAGAAAGGCAUGAAGAGAGCACUUAUCAUGCAAGUAACA